CCAAAGCCUGAUCACCAAGAAGCUAGCCGCCGUUAUCGCGCAACCCCCCUUCCCAACGGACGGUGAAUCUCAGUGACGACAGCUGAUCCGCUCUAGCAAAGAAUUCAGCAUUGCAAGAACCCCCCCUGCACAAUGGCCAUGGCUGAGACUCCAAACCCCAAUGGUGACCGCCAUAGUCGACGAAAGCCAUUUUCGAGCUGGGUGAAGCGUUUGACGAGCCUGAAAAGCUCAUCGUCAGAGUCUCAUCCUAACAGAACAUCCGGCAAGCGAAGCAACGGGUCGAUGCUGAAAGGGAAGAAACAAAACGGAUUCAAGAACAAUAAUCCAUAUCCACUGUCAGGCAAUAUUGGGAGAGCUGGAUCGCCGCCACAUAGCUACAAUGACACUGUUUCAUACACCGAGUCGACGGGACAAACCCAAGGACAUGCAUCGAGUCAACUGUCGCUACACACUUCCGUUUCAGAGCAUAACAUCCUAGGGAACAGUGCGAAAUCAACGGCACCAACUUUGUCUACCAAUGGCGAUACCGCUCGUUCUGAAGCUGGCUACUCAAAGGCUGGAACAAUGGCGACAGGGCAUGGCGGGACGACAGGUGGAGGAGAAGGAAGCACCUUUUCGUCGCCUGCUCCCUCGGUGCGGUCAUUGACUACAACCUUGACAACUGUACAGUCCACAGCACCCUCGACUCAAAUAUAUGGCGCUUACAACAACCAGGCCCAAAAUGGAUCCAGUCUGCCACACGUGAAUUCCACUUACGGUGCUGCUAACCAACAGGUCCACUUCUCUCACCAAUUCCCCUCUUCUCCUGCGCCUGCUGUCCCGCCUCAUUUAGCGCCGAACGGCCAGCCGACAACCUACACUACAGCUAUAGCUAAUAAUCUUCUGACCGACAAUGCGUCGAUUCUCACGCUUGCAUCGUCUUCUAAACGCCGGCGUAGAAAUUCACUCGACACUAACGCUUCAGUCAGAGCGCUAGCCCCUUCCUCCGUCUUCGGGGGUAGUCGUGAGAGUCUCCCACUAAGUGUUUUGAGCGGCAAUGUGGGCGAUACAUCGAAUGCAUCCGUGUCAAAUGCACCAGGUGUUCUUAGUCGCCAAAGCCUAGGGGGUCUUGCUAGCGCAGAACGGAUAAGCGUUUAUUCAGCAUCUGGAGCCACUACACUGAUUACCGGAGGGGAUCGAGGUAGCUUGAUCACUAGCAAGCAGGGCGACAACGGCAGCAUUCGAAGCAGCCUCCACGGUCAUACAAGGAAUGACAGUACGACUGGCAGUAUCACAGGAAGUGCAUUGCCUAAUAAUAAUACUAAUACCAACAACCCUCCUGCCGCCACUACCACCGCUGCCUCGAACCCCAACACUAUGCCAGGCCGAAUCAGUCGACGAAGUUCUGGCUGGGGCGAAAUCUCCGGCGAGAGCGAAGGUGCUCAAGAUGAAGAAGAACACAUCGAUACCCGAGAAAAGGCCGAGUCAAGCCAUGAAGAACGGGCCACGGGCGAGGAGCUGAACCCAUCAAUCAAAGAACCGCCUGUGGAAGAGUUGGAAGAAGAUGAAGAGAAGGGUAGAAAUAGCGAAGAAGGAGCAGAUCAUGAGAAUUGAAAGGAGCGAUUUUAAUAGAAAUGAAUACCGGAUAUGAUUGGAAGUGGGUGUGGUUAACUUUACAUACAUGCACUAGCGAACAAUGUUUAUUACUCUUUCAAUCCUAGGUGUGAUAUGGCGACCUAGUGAUUUUCUUAAGACUAUAUGGAUAUGAAUGAAUAGUAUGUGCAAGGCAGUUGACAUUACCAGAGUGAAUGGAAUUGGUAUAUCUACAAUCAACGACGUAGUGUAUUGUGAGAUUCAAAACACAACGAUAUAGUUGAA